UCAUCUACAGCCAGGGACAAGGAUGAACCAGCUCUACCGGCUAAGCCGCGCCUCCAGCGAGGCGGAAGCUCUGCCUCCCUGCACAACAGUCUCAUGAGGAACAGCAUCUUCCAACUCAUGAUCCACACCCUCGACCCGCUCGCUGAAGAGCUUGGAUCAUAUGGAAAACUAAAAUAUUAUGACACAAUGACUGAAGAAGGGAGGUUCAGAGAAAAGGCUUCAAUUCUCCACAAGAUCGCCAAGAAGAAAUGCCAGGUGGAUGAGAAUGAGAGGCAAAAUGGGGCUGCUAAUCAUGUGGAAAAAAUCGAACUCCCGAACAGCACGAGCAACGAAGUUGAAAUGACACCAUCCAGUGAUGCUUCCGAACCUGUGCAGAAUGGAAGCCUCUCCCACAGCAUCGAAGCUGCAGAAGCCCAGCAAGCCACAGAAACAGCUGAGGGGGAGGAGGACCAACCCCUCAGCCUGGCCUGGCCUUCCAAUGCCCGAAAGCAGGUCACAUUCCUGAUUGUAUUUCCCUUAGUGUUUCCUCUCUGGAUGACCUUACCUGAUGUUCGCAAACCCUCAUCCAGGAAGUUUUUUCCCAUCACAUUCUUUGGCGCCAUCACUUGGAUUGCAGUAUUCUCUUACUUAAUGGUCUGGUGGGCACACCAGGUUGGAGAGACAAUCGGCAUUAGUGAAGAGAUUAUGGGUCUGACCAUCUUGGCUGCUGGGACCUCCAUCCCUGACCUUAUCACCAGUGUCAUAGUGGCCCGGAAAGGGUUGGGGGACAUGGCUGUGUCCAGCUCUGUUGGAAGCAACAUCUUUGACAUCACUGUAGGGCUCCCAUUGCCCUGGCUCCUAUACACCAUCAUUCACAGAUUCCAGCCAGUGGCUGUCAGCAGCAAUGGCCUCUUCUGUGCCAUUGUCCUCCUCUUCAUCAUGCUGCUCUUCGUCAUCCUCUCCAUUGCCCUCUGCAAAUGGCGGAUGAACAAAGUGUUGGGCUUCAUCAUGUUUGGUCUCUACUUUGUGUUCCUGGUGGUCAGCGUUCUCCUAGAAGACAGAAUUCUUGUGUGCCCUGUCUCCAUAUAG